UGUUGCUGUCUAUGCACCACAAACCCAUUCCUGCUUUAAUCAGUUACCUACCAAAUCAACAAAACCUCACACUGCUAAGUGUUUGUUCAUGGCCGGAAAAGACAGAAUCCUCGUUUUGGGACCGACAGGAGCCAUUGGAAGACACAUAGUGUGGGCAAGUGUGAAGGCAGGGAAUCCGACCUAUGUGUUGGUUAGGGACACUCCAGAAAACGUUAACAAACCAAGGCUCGUCACAGCUGCAAAUCCUGAAACCAGGGAUGAACUCCUUCAGAACUUCCAAAAUUCUGGAGUUUUUCUUAUCCAAGGAGACAUGAACGAUCAUCAAAGUCUCGUCAACGCCAUCAAACAGGUUGACGUCGUCAUCUGCUCCUUUGGGAGACUACUCAUAGAAGAUCAGGUCAAGAUCAUUGCUGCAAUAAAAGAAGCUGGAAACGUCAAGAGAUUCUUCCCGUCUGAAUUUGGACUGGAUGUGGAUCGUCACGAUUCAGUUGAACCAGUGAGAGAAGUGUUUGAGGAAAAAGCAAAAAUCCGGAGAGUAAUAGAAGCGGAGGGAGUCCCUUACACUUACCUAUGCUGUCAUGCUUUUACCGGUUAUUUCUUACGUAACCUGGCACAGAUUGAUAUCACUGUUCCUCCUCGCGACAAGAUAUUCAUUCAAGGAGAUGGAAAUGUCAAAGGAGCAUAUGUGACUGAGGCUGAUGUGGGAACUUUCACGAUCGAAGCAGCGAAUGACCCUAAUGCAUUGAACAAAGCCGUGCACAUAAGACUCCCUGCCAACUAUUUGACCUUAAAUGAGAUUGUAUCCAUGUGGGAGAAAAAAAUCGGAAAGACUCUGGAGAAAAUUUAUGUUCCAGAGGAACAAGUUCUUAAGCAGAUUAAGGAGUCAUCUUUCCCAAAUAAUUAUCUAUUGGCGUUGUAUCACUCCCAACAGAUAAGGAAAGAUGCAGUGUAUGAGAUUGAUCCUGCCAGAGAUAUUGAAGCUUCGGAGGCUUAUCCUUACGUUAAAUACUCAACUGUGGAUGAAUACUUGAACCAGUUUCUCUGAUUUUCCACGUCAAUGCAAUUCUAUAUAUCUUCUUAUCACUCUGCAGACAGCUUAAUAAAUCCUUUUUUAAUUCUUCAAAAACGGCCAUUGCAGGCUCUGUACUUUGAAUUAUUUGUUACUGAUAACUAGUGUUUUAUUUUUUAUGUUGUCUUCAACAAUACAAUAUCUCCGCAUGAAUGUAAGAUUCUACCUGAGAAAUAAUAAUGAAAUCGGUUUCAAAUUUUUA